GACCUUUAGUAUUUUGAUACAUUUCAGAGCAAUAACAUAAAGUAUAUAUCGCGUUUUAUGUUAAACAAAAAAAGAAUAUGUUAUAUUACGCGCUCUAAAUCACAUUUUCAUAUACAUUUGUAAAAAUCGGCAUUUGACUUGAAACUUUCUGGCUGCUUCAAAAUGCAACUGUAUUGGCUUCCGAUUGCUUUUAUAUUUUUGGAAUAUCUAUACGCCAAUGGUCAGCAUAUAAAUAUCUUGCUUGAGCAGGGACCCAUAAUAGGGCUUAAAAUAUUUCCAGAUAGCUCCCGAACCGCUGUAUAUGCAUUCCUAGGGGUGCCGUAUGCGCAACCACCGAUCGCCGAUCUACGCUUCAUGCCCCCUUUGGCACACCGAGGCUGGAAUCGUACUUUAACGGCUAUGAAUAUGCGUCCACUUUGCCCACAGCCCUCGAAUACAAUUUAUGAUGAGAAAGUUGAUGGGAGCUUACCUCGGGCAGCAUUAAUGGAUGAAGAUUGCUUAUAUUUGAAUAUUUGGGUAUCUGAGGCUGCAAAUACUGGCCAGAAACCCGUGCUGGUGCUUAUCACUGGAGAGAAUAUGGUUUACGAUUGGUCUCAAAAUCGAGUGUCUGGUAUAGAUUUUGCUCUAGAGAAUGUCGUCGUGGUCUCUAUGCAGUACCGCAGCAAUAUAUUCGGUUGGAUCGCUUUGGAUAAUGGAGUGUUGGCGGGAAAUUUGGGCCUGCAAGAUCAACAGUUGGCUCUCCAUUGGAUACAACACAACAUACAGCAUUUCGGAGGGGAUCCGAAGCGAAUAACAUUGCUGGGCCACGGCACAAGUGGUGCUCCAUGUGCCUUGGCACACGCUCUUGCAAAUACUGCGGAUGAACCGAAACUUGUAUCUAAGCUAAUACUUAUGUCCAGUGGUGAUUUUAUGACGUCAUUGAAUACCCCAUCCAGGGUUGUGGAAGCUUCGAAUGUGUUGGUGAGCAAGCUAGGCUGCCAAUUCGAAAGACCAAGCGCUCAACUUGCACGUUGUCUGAAAUUAAAAAGCGUCAGUGAUCUUCUAAAUGCCUUUGAGAGUGUAUAUGAUCAUGGCAAUGGCACUCUCCACAUCGGCCCUAUAUUGCCGGCAGAUGUCGAUGAUUUUUUAAGAAAUGUCAGCGUAUCAUCUGCUCUUCCCCCCAUACUGUGCGGCAUCACAUCUAAUGAGGGCGCCUUUCUACAACAACACUGGCUAAAUUUGGCGCGCGAGGGCUAUGAGGCGAUUCGUGAUUAUGUGAAUUUCACUCUGAUUCCAAGUGUCUUGCAAAGAUUUCACAUGGAGGUGAGAAAUAAAGUGAAGUACGUCCUGAAUUGGUUCUAUUUUAGUGGGGACGCUGGUAGUAGUGUUAAAAGCCUCUUGUAUUCAAUGCAACGACUUAUAUCUGAAUAUUUUUUCGAGCUGCCUUUCUAUCGAACACUCAAUCUUUUAGCCUCGAGAAAUUCUAGUGAUGUUCCGAAAGUAUACGCAUACGUAUUCGACGCCUCGAACUCAAUGGACAUACGUGGAAAGGUGAACUGGUUCGGUGGUGCGUCCCACACUUCGGAUUUACUUUUGCUUCUUGGACCAAGCAUGUUCCAGCAAAUAUCCAGAAGGCGCCUGACCACAGCAGAGGAUCGUCUUUCUCGAAAAUUCCGAAAAGCUCUGAUCAAUUUCAUAAAGAGUGACAUGGCCAAAUCUACGUCAUCUUAUGAGCCAAACGAUUGGCUGCCAUACACAAAUGAGCACCAAUUCGUUAAAUACUUUGGCGAGACAGAAAAAUUGGAAACGAGAAGAAGUUAUUUUUUGGAUUUUGCUGGAAAUGUAGCUGAAAUUGAACAAAUGCUACAAAAUGGGAAGGAAAUUCCCGAGAAUGGUUUGUCGAGGACGAAUAGGAAUGAUAGAAGAGGCAUUGAUAAUGGCCAAUCGAAGUUAUUUCUAAAGAAUCAGACGGAUUUUGGAUAUGCUGCGCAUUUGAAGCGCGUUGCCAGCUUUUGGCAAAUUUUUAUUCCGAAUGUACCAGUAUACGAAGAUCAGAGUGGUUAUGAUAACAAUAAUGUCGCAUUAGGCCAGCGCAAGCAGUUGAAGGAGGCUACAGCCGAUGCAGUGCGCUACCGAAAGGGCUUCUUUGUUCUAUUAAGUCUCAUUGCAGCACUUUUGAGCGUUUUAGCGCUCUGCGUGUAUAUCCUUCAUCGCGAUCAUAUCCGUGAACGAUCGCACACUUCAGUUUUUCGCUUAUGACGACGAUGGAUUGAGAAACCCAACUGGUUUCGAAAAACCCUUACGUCGAUUAUGGACAAACACAACAACAAAAGUCAAAAAUCAGAUAAUUUUUCUUUCAGUGAGAGAGCACGACGCGAGCCGACAGGAAAUAAAACUUCCGAAGAGAAGUUGGAUGAGGAUGAAAAACAAGAAGCAUUAAGAAAUAAACGAGACGAGAAGCAAUCAAAAUAUACUUUAAAACAUUGGCAAUACGAACUGACCUGCCGUGAAUUUUAAUGUUUGUGAACUGGAAAGGAACUAAAUUUAAGUACAUGUUUUUGAAUUUUAAUUUAAGG